AAUCCGGCCCGGGUUUUCCUUCCCGCCCCUCUUCUGUAAACCGGGUUCUGCAAUUUGGAGCACGUUUCGCUCGCGCUGCGUGUGCGUCCGCCGCUUUCUCGCCCGCUCGGCUGCUCCCGGUAGCCUUGCGCGCGGCGGAGCGGAGGCUCCCCCCCGGUCUCCUCCUGCGAGAGGUGAGCCUCGUUUCCUUGAUGUCCGCCGCUCAACCCGGGCGAAGCGCCGUGGCCGCGCCAGCCAAUCCUCGCUUUCCCGCGCGCCGCUUCCUCCCGCUGCCUUCAACCUGAGCGCGGCUCGCGGCUUCUCCUCCCUCGACAGGGCACCCCUGGCCCCGCGGAGCUGGCUUUGAACCCGGGGGGGGGGCGGGGGGGACUUUAACACACCCGCCGGACCGGCCGAGGAAGCCGCGGGAGGAGUGGGCGAAGGGGAGGGAGGCGGUGCCGGCGGCGGCGCCUCUUGUGCCCUGAAGAACCUCAGCCUUCCUUCCCCAGCCCGGCUAUACUCAAAGUUUGCGGGGCUCGCUCGAGGAGGUAUGCUUGGCGCGUAGACACACGCGGGUGAGGUCUCUGGGAAGGCACUUCGCGCUGGAGGGCUCCGCUCGGCGCUUUUUGGAAGAAGAGGAGGAGGAGGAAGAGGAGGAGGAGGAGGAGGAGGAAGAAGAGGAAGAAGAAGAGGAGGAGGAGGAGGAGGAAAAAGGAGAAGAGGAACCGUUCUCGGGGAUUUAUUUUUCCAGUGGAUUUGGCGUCUCUCCCUGUUUUUCCCAACCAAGCGGGCCGAUUCUUUUGGGGGCAAGGUUUUUCUCUUGGAAAGAAAUUGUGGGAGCACCAUGGUUGCGGGGAUGGGGGCGCUGCUUUGGGCUUCCCUCGGGCUGUUGCUGUCACUUCGGGCCGGAGCCGCUGACGUGAAAGCGCGGAGCUGCGGCGAGGUGCGGGAGGCGUACAAAGCGAAAGGCUUCAGCCUGGUUAACAUCCCCUAUCAGGAAAUCGCAGGGGAACACUUGAGAAUCUGUCCUCAGGAAUACACAUGUUGCACAUCAGAAAUGGAAGACAAACUAAGCCAGCAAAGCAAACUGGAAUUUGAGAAUUUGAUGGACAAGACAAGCCAUUUUGUCCGCACCACAUUUGUAUCGAGGCACAAGAAAUUUGAUGAAUUUUUCCGAGAGCUCCUGGAGAAUGCAGAAAGAUCCUUAAAUGAUAUGUUUGUGCGAACAUAUGGUAUGCUGUACAUGCAGAAUUCAGAAGUAUUCCAGGAUCUCUUUAUAGAACUAAAACGCUAUUACACGGGAGGCAAUGUGAACUUGGAGGAGAUGUUGAAUGACUUCUGGGCCCGUCUCUUAGAGCGAAUGUUCCAGCUCAUAAACCCCCACUAUCAUUUCUCUGAGGACUAUCUAGAGUGCGUAAGCAAAUACACGGACCAGCUUAAGCCUUUCGGAGACGUACCCAGGAAACUCAAGGUUCAGGUGACGAGAGCUUUCAUCGCAGCAAGGACCUUUGUUCAGGGACUGACCGUGGGCAGAGAAGUUGCUAACAGGGUAUCUAAGGUGAGUCCCAUCCCAGGAUGCAUCCGGGCGUUAAUGAAGAUGCUGUACUGCCCUUAUUGCCGUGGUCUGCCCACUGUGAAACCUUGCAAUAACUAUUGCCUCAACGUAAUGAAGGGCUGCCUUGCAAACCAAGCAGAUCUGGAUACCGAGUGGAAUCUCUUUGUAGAUGCCAUGCUUUUGGUAGCAGACAGACUAGAGGGACCAUUCAACAUUGAGUCAGUUAUGGAUCCCAUUGAUGUCAAAAUUUCUGAAGCCAUUAUGAACAUGCAAGAAAACAGUGUGCAUGUGACUGGAAAGGUUUUCCAAGGUUGUGGACAGCCUAAGCCAGCUCCAGGUGUAAGAGCAUCUCGGUCCAUUCCUGAAAACUUCAACACUCGCUUUCGACCUUAUAACCCAGAAGAAAGACCAACAACUGCUGCUGGCACCAGCUUGGACAGGCUGAGGACUGUCUGGAGGACAAUGCAACAUGGUGUAACUGACAUUAAAGAAAAACUAAAGCUUUCCAAAAAGUUCUGGUCUACAUUACCCUACACCAUCUGCAAGGAAGAAGCAGUGACUGGUGGCAUGUCUAAUGAAGAGGACUGUUGGAAUGGACACACCAAAGCUAAAUAUCUACCUGAGAUCAUGAAUGAUGGACUCACCAAUCAGAUAAAUAAUCCUGAGGUUGAUGUGGACAUCACCCGGCCUGAUACUUACAUAAGACAACAAAUCAUGGCUCUUAGAGUAAUGACCAACAAACUAAAAAAUGCAUACAAUGGAAAUGAUGUAAACUUUCAGGACACAAGUGAGGAGACCAGUGGCUCCGGUAGUGGAAGUGGAUGUACAGAUGACAUUUGUCCAACAGAGUUUGAAUUCAUCACCACAGAAACUCCUCUCAUUGACUCAGACAGGAGGGAAGUGGACUCUUCAGCCAGCCAGCCCAGCCCAUCCAUCCUCACGGGCUUCCUCCUUCUUAUGGUCUUUCUCCUGCAAAGACACUGCAGAUAAUCCUGGCUCUGGUCAGCCCUGACUGCCUUUUAGCUAUUGAAAAAGAGCAGAACAGCCAGUUUGCUCCUUUUCUGAUGCCCUCAGACAAUGGACCACACCACCAACCCUACCAGAAAGAAGCAGCCCUGCACCCUGCCCGCCUUGGCACUUUCACAAAGAGUGGCGGGGCCUAGAAGAAGCUCUUCUGGUUUCCAUCUGUGGAACACAAUGUCUGCUUCUCAGCGAUCUCUUCUCUCACACUUUUAUUCUUAGAAGACUUUUCAGAAUAUUGUUUGCUUUUAUGCUUCAGAAAGAAAGGGGGGGAGAGAUUUAGGGGGCCCGACAUGGGCUUUUAUUUUUAUUUUUUUCCAUUAGAAAAAAAAGAAGAAUGGGAAGAAGAAACAUGCUGAAAAUAAAGCUAUUCCAAGGCCGAAUAAUAAGCACGCACAUAUCCACACACAGGAAAUCCAAGCCCUCUUAUCUAGGACACUUCUGUAUUUCACUUCAAAUCACCAAAAUGAUGUUAGUCACUGAGAGAAUAUCUUGGCGUCUGGUGGGGUUGGGGGUCGGUUUUUUGGGGUUUUUUUGUAACCCAGGUGUAACUAUGUUUAUUCUUAACUGUAAAUGGAAGAAUUGGCGUACAGGUUUCAAGCAAAAAUAGGACAUUUUCUGAGAGUAGUACCUUCCUGUCCCUUUGCUCUCACCAGUUUCUGUUUGCCAUUUAAGGCUUUUGUUGCAAUUGGUUUGACCCAUGUUACAACAUGGACACAGGAGUGCCCUAUGAGGCAUCUGCAGGAUGGUGUCAAAAAAAUAAAAAUGCCAGCCAUGAUCAUGUAAUCGAAGCCCCUCUUCUUUUUAGAGGCCUACCGUAUUCAUGGAUUGCACAUAAAAAGGGGUGGGGCUUCAAUCACAUGGCUGGACCCCAAUCUAGGCAUUUUAACAAUGCAGAUCCCUUUAUCCCCUAUCGCCACCCAUCUGCAGUAAUUUUUUAAUAAUUCUUGAAUUUAAUUUAAAACAUUGGACAAACCUUCCAUUUCCCCCCACACACACACGAAUCUCUUAUGAUAUACAGUAAUCUUUCUUUCUUACUUUCACUUUUGACCUCGAACAGAAUUUUCUGAACCUGUGCUGUUUGACAUACCCGAAUGGCCUAUUUAAAAGAAGCCAAUAAUAGUAAUUGGAUCAAUAUCUUAACUUUUCAUAGAAGCAACUCUCUUCAUAUUGUUUAUUGUAUCAAAAGGGAAUCCUAUUGCUAUACUAUUGACACUCCUACAAGUGCACGCACUCACACAAAUAUCUCUCUAUAUACAUAUAUAAUAUAUAUAGUAUUGACACUCCGAAUUUCUUUCACUUUUUUAGUCUUAGUAUGGCCAUCUAUUUUUAUAUAUAUGAAUAUAAAUAUAAAUAUAUAUAUAAAAAUCACAGAUUUUAACUUCUUAAUUACAAGCUCAGGGUUGACACAUCUUUGUAGGGGGAAAAUGUUUUGUCAACCAGCUUUUUGUGCGUAUGUGUUGCUUGGGUAAAUGUCAUCCUUUCACUAUUGACAAGUGCAAAAGUCAAACAGGAGACUUUCUGCCCAUUUCUUUAUAGCAGGAAUAUGCAAUCAUUUUUUUUUCAGAUCUGCAAUUUAUAUUUGGUCUUUGAAUAGUAUGAUGUCAUGGAACAGCAUACACGGUGGACAUAUACGGAGCCCAGCGGUGAAAAAAAUCUUUUUAAUCACAUUUUCAUUAAAAUAAGUUAAUUAAAUUCAAUUCAAAUACAGGUAGUUCUUGCUUAGUAUCUGCCUUGUACAGCAACUGCUGUUACUCUGAUGAAAAAAUAACGUUGCAACUAAUCCUCCCAUUUAUCAUCUUAGCAGGUCUGAAAAACAAAGGAAGCUGACGUAAGAUCAUAAGUGCAAUUGCAGUUUCAUUUAGUGAACGCUUCACUUAAUUGCCAGCUUCAGCUGUGGUUGCUAAAUGGGGAUUACCUGUAUUCCCCAUAUAUUUGAUAAUUUCCACCUUCGGUCCUGUUAAGGUAUCAAACCAAAGUAAUUUUGGAAAGUCAUCUAAUCUUUGAGGGUUUGCAUAAGUUCCACAUGGACAGGGAAAGUGUCCAAAGAGUCAAGGGUGCUUUUUUGUGAUGUCACAUAUACAAUGCAUGUAAAAAAGGGACGUUGACCACACCGUUGCAAUCACUAUCUUGAUUUUUUAACAAACUGCCCAUGGAAGCCCCUUGCAGAGCUAACUUCAAAGUCAUGCAUCUGUGGGAUACAGACAUAUGCAGAACAGCUUGAUUUGGUGAUGAUGAUUGUACUCUUAUGUGCUUUCCUUUAAAGUUAAUUAACUGCAAAAGAUUUAAAAUAUCUGCAGGUUGCGUCUGGAUAACAUGAUCCGAUGUGAAAUUGUAAUCUACUCUUAUGUGAUCCUGAUGAUCGUACUUCAGGCUUGUUCAUAAGAUCCAUAAGCCAAACCACUUAGACAUUCACUUUGAUUUCAAGAAAACUGAAGUAGGAAUUUAUUUAAAUAAUCAGAACUGUACUGGUCUCAUUUCCUUUCCGCUCAAAAUUCAAGUCUAAGUUCCAUCAGGCUUCUCUUCCUUUGAGCAAUAUAAUCUAUAACGGAGGUGAGGAGCGAUGUAAUUGCUACAUUCCAAACAUUUGGGAAUUAGAAACCAGUCUCUUGUAAACCUCCUAGGGAAUAAUUAGUAGAUCCAAAGCUGAUUUCUGCUCAGCCUGCCAUACAAAGAACAAAAACCUUCCUACCGGUCUAUGACUUUUAACUCUUCAAAGCUGUACCCUCUAGUCAAGCUAGACUGCAGGACAUCACAAAGUUUUCUAGGAAAAAAGACAGAAAUAGUUUGCCAUAGUUCUCUUCUUUGCUGUCGAUGAUUUCCCUGUGAGUCCUGUGGCCAUCAUGGUCUCCCAUCUGAGUUGUAAUCAGGAUCAGGCACACAAAGUUUCUGAUUUCAGACAGCAGCAGCCACUUGCAAAGACUCAGAUAUUGGUGAACUGACCUUGUGCUAGGAGAGAAAAUGUCAAUCACAUAACUGCCUUGAAUUCUGCUGACUGUGAAAGUCUAGGACAGUGGUUCUCAACCUGUGGGUUGGGACCCCAUUUGGGGUCAAACGACCAUUUCACGGGGGUCGCCAAACAAGGCUGUCCGCCAUUUUCCC